UUAUUGUUAUUAUUAUCAUUAUUAUUAUCAUCAUUAUUAUUAUUAUCAUUAUUGUUGUUUUCAACAAGCAAAAAAAAGGAAUCCAGAGAUGGAUUAUUUUUCAAUUACCGUGGCAAUUGGCUUGCUUUCUCUGUAUAUCAAAACACUCUAUCCAGACAUUUCUGGGGGUGACACCGGAGAACUGCUCUCCUCUGCUUGUCAGUUUGGGGUUUCCCACCCUCCGGGAUACCCCCUAUUCACCAUGCUGACCAGCCUCGCCGUUAAAUGCUGUAGCUAUCGGUCGCCUGCUUGGAGGGCAAACGUUCUAACGGCCACCUUUUCUGCACUGACCGGCGGCGUUCUUUCACACACAAUUCUCAAAGAGACUGGUCAGCCUUCAGCCGCUUUGCUUGCCGUUGCGCUAUUCUCGGUGAACCGGCUAACAUGGAAUUGGUCUGUAACAGCAGAAGUGUUUUCCUUGAACAACUUAUUCCUAUCAAUUCUCACCUGCCUCAGCUUCAUGCUAGAAAAUGCUGUACAACCGGCUAGAAAACUAAGGUUAGCUCGCAUCGGGGCAUUUGUUAGUGCCUUGUGCCUGUGCAACCAGCACACAUCCUUUAUCUAUCUCCUCUACCUCAUCCCUUGGGUGAUAUUUAAAUUAUACCUGGCUGGUCUCUUCCGUCUGACUAAUUUAUUCUCCCUUUUGGUUCCCUUCAUUCUUGGUCUUUUGCCAUACUUGUACCUACCUAUAAGUGCACACCUGAAUGUAGCAAAAUGGACUUGGGGUGACCAGCGGACCAUAACGGGGUUCUGGACUCAUCUAAUGCGAUCAGAAUAUGGUACGUUUAGUCUGGGAAAGGACGAAGUAGGGCUCGGUCUCAUAACGGGGCUAAAAUUCUAUAUGAUCCACGAGUGGUUUACUCUAACUCCAGUUGCCAUCAUCUUGUUUGGUAUGUCCGUGUGGUCCAUCGUGCGCCGCCUGUACACCGGAUACAGCUGCGCCCUUGUGCAUCUGUUAAUGUUUGUGUCAUACCUGGUGUUUUUCUCGUGGAGGGCUAACCUCAACAUAAACAACCCCCUGUUUCUCGGCGUUGUUGAGCGCUUCUGGAUGCAGGCCAGCAUGGUGCUUGUGUUUCUGGCCUCUCUCACCUACGGGGACCUCAACAACCAGAUCAAGUCUUCUUUCUUCAGACGUAUGUUCUUCUUUUCCUCGAUGAUCCUCUUGGUCUUUCAAGUCCACCGCAACUUCACCUACUGCAACAAAAGCAACGCGACGGUGGUCCAUGACUUCAGCAACACCGUCCUGCGCAGCUUCCCACCAAAUUCCACCGUUCUCACAAGAGGAGACUUAUCAUCGGCAACUUUCGGUUAUUUACAUUUCUGCAAAAACGUCAGAUCAGACCUGAAGCUUUUCGACCAAGAACUGCUAACGUAUGAAUGGGCUUUGCCCAUGCUACGCAAACAUCAUAACCGUAUUGAUUUUCCGGGGGAUUUCUUGCAUUUGAAAAACAAGCGGCAUCCAGAUGGUCGAAGAUCGUUCACUUUUGCCAAAUUCCUCAACGUUAAUUACGCAAACGGGCCAAUAUUUGCUUGUAUAGGGGUGCAAGAAUAUGAGCCCUCAUGGAAAAAGAGUUACAAGUUAUGGCCUUUUGGUGUGUGCUCGCAGUUCGUCCAAAAGAAGGAACACAUGGUGCUGAAAAAAUGGGUCCGCCAGACCGGUUACGUCGCUUUCAACUGGACCCACUCUUACACUGGGUUUGCUGAGACAUCUUGGGAAAAGGUCGCCACUGAUGAGAUGUGGAACGCGAAAAUUGGUAUGGCAUUACACAUGUACGAUACUGCUGAACUGAACAAGAACGUGAAGGAGAAGAAGAAGCUGUUCCUGCUUGCGUAUCAAGUAUACAGCGAUGCCAUCAGCUGGCAUGAUGACUUCCCACCGUUUUGGCACAAGAACUACGCGCUGGUCUGUACGAAGCUUUUGAACAUUGAACACACGGUGGACAAGGAUCUGCUGCUGAAGAAGAGCAUCUACCAUCUUCAGUUCUAUGUGGACAGCAAACCGGAAGAUGACCAGCUGCAAAACAUUGUGGAUGCUAUCCGUUCAUUGAAGAGAUAUGGCAGGCAGAUCCGUGACAAAGUUACCAAAACAACUUAGUAUUAUAUACACACACACACACACACUUA